CUGCUCAAGACGCGCAGUCGCGAUUCGUAGAUGUGCGUUCAUGCCAAGCGGUCGUCGUCGCUCCCCAAAAAUACACAAAACCCAAAUAUUAUAAAAAGCCGCGCGUGUGUUUUUAAUACAAACCCCCAUCUUCUGCAAAAAAUAAAAGAAGUGCAAAAAAAAAAAAAAAAAUUAACAACACCGAGUUCUAACGGUUCUGCUGUCGAGUGUUUAUCAUCUUUUUUUUGGUUGUGAAAAUGCUGGUGCAAAAUAUAUAAAUAAUUCGCUGUUAACCCAAAUUGGAUUUUAUUAUUGUUUUUUUUUUUGUUAUCGUGCGGAGUGAAAGUGAAGCAGGCAGAAAAAAAGAUAAAGACAUCGCCAAGGAACGUGCCCAGCCAAUUUGUAUAUAUCGUCUAUUGGGCACUACCAAGCGAUAUGAUGCGGAGGACUUUGGCGCUGGCGGCGCUUUUCUCGCUGCUGGCAACGCCCCAAGCGGCCAUCGACAAGGACGAGGGCAAGUUUCCGGCGGGCAGGCAGAACCUGAGCUCCGGAUCUGCGGAUCAGCACAAUGUGAUUAACCUGAGUAUUACGGAUAUCCCCCACGGCGACCCCACGCUGACCUUCGACCUGUCGCACACCCGCCGCCUGAGGGACGCCCUCAACGUCUUCGAUCUCGCCGUCCUGGCCGCCCAGUGGGGCAGCGUGGAGAUCUCCGGCGGAGUGUCCGCCAACUGCACCCGGGACAUGCGGAGCUACCUCGCCGGACUCCGAGAUGCCAAGAUGUGGGCUGUCAAAAUGGACGAUGCUUCCGGUCACUACACAUCCGGUUUCUUCUACGGCAACAACUACUGGAUGGGUUCGUUGGCCCUCUGCGAUGCCAUUGACGACGGCCUGAUCGCUGCCCCCAGCAAGGACAACAGCUCCUCCUCCUCCUCCUCCGCCCCCUCCGCGGGUUCCCAAUCUCCGCCAGAAACGGGAACCAAGAACAGCGGACUGCCCUUCGCCGCGGCUCACACCCAAGGAUACAGCAGUGUAUACAACGCUCCGCCGCCCUUCGUCCCCGGAUUCUACGUGGUCAAGAUGCAGCUCAACGAGUCGCUGCCCACCCAAGUGCUGCGCACCAUUUACGUGGGCAUGUGCCUGCCCUCCAGCUGCUCCAUCGCGGACAUCAGCCAGAUGAGCUCCAAGGCCCACGUGGAGCUGCCGUCGAGGGAUCUCCGUGUGCUGGACAUCCGCGUGCCCACCGACAAGGAGUUCAACAUCUGGGCGGACAAGACCUUCUGCCUGCUCAUUGUGGUGUCCAGUAUUGUGCUGGCACUGAUCUGUUGCGGUACGCUGUACGAGAUCUACCUGCGUGGCAAGCUGAAGGAGGCACUGCGUCGCCAGGACAAGGAGAUGAUGAACAACAGCGAGACGAGCUCGGGCAUUGGGUGUGCCUCCUCCGACUACAGCGACACGAUGACCGCCCACGACGAUCCGCUGAAGCAGUCGACCCGAACCCACGAUCACGAUCACGACCAUGUCCACUCCCACUCGCAGUCGAGUUCGCUGAAGCAACUGGAUGCACUGGUGUUGAACCUACCGCCCAAUGACAACGACAGCGGAAACGGACACCACGAGGCGGAUCACCACGACCACCACGAUCACCAUCGCGGUGGAAGCAACACGAGCAACUCGGACGAGCACCUGGAGGGUCAUCUCCACGAACCCGAAAAGCUGAGCAUCUACUCGGAACUGCUGCUCUCCUUCUCGGCCAUAACGAACUUCAAUGCCAUUUGCGAUCGGAAUGUGGGUGCGGAUACGAUUCCCUGCAUCCACGGACUGCGGGCGUUCAGCAUGGCCUGGGUGAUCCUGGGACACACCUGCAUUGUGGUCUUCAAGUACUCCGACAACAUGGAGAUGCGCAAGGAGGUGGAGCAGAACUUCUUCUUCCAGGCCAUCACCAAUGGCCCGUUCUCGGUGGACACGUUCUUCUUCAUCAGUGGCUUCCUCAUCUCCUACAUUUACUUCCGCACGAAUGCCAAGGGAAAGCUGAACAAGCUGAGCAAGGGAGCCAAUGAGUUCACCGCAGGAACGGCGCACUUCUUUGGACUCGUCGCUUACCGCUUCAUGCGACUCACCGCUCCGUAUCUGUUCGUCCUGGGCGUGGUCCAGGUCACCAUGAAGUACCUCGCCACCUACUCGAUCUUCGAUCCCCCGACCAUGGACCACAUCACCUGCCCCGACUACUGGUGGCGCAACAUCCUCUACAUCAACACGCUCUUCCCCGUCGACGAGAUGUGCAUGCUGUGGAGUUGGUAUUUGGCGAACGACACGCAGUUCUACAUGAUCGGCGCCAUCAUCCUGAUCGUGGGCGUGCGGCACUUCAAGCUGUCGGCCAUCACGACGCUGGUGUUCCUGGUGCUCUCGUGGAUCACGACGGCGGUGAUUGCCUUCACCAACAACCAUCGCCCGAACACGGACGAUCCGCUGGCGCUGUUCGACAAGAUCUACGACAAGCCGUGGACGCGACUCGGACCCUAUCUCAUUGGCAUGGCGGUGGGCUGGAUCCUCUUCCGGACGAACUGCAAGAUCCGGCUGCCCAGGCUCACAGUGGCCACCGCCUGGACUCUGGCCAUGCUCAACCUUUUCGUGCUCGUCUUCGGACUGUAUAAAGCCGACCUAUCGCAGUUCACCGCCGCCGCUUACAGUUCGCUGAGUCACUCGGCCUGGGCGCUCUCCCUCGCCUGGAUCACCAUCGCCUGCUCCACGGGAUACGGUGGCUACAUCAACUCGCUGCUCUCCGCCCCCUGCCUGUAUCCCUUCUCCCGCGUCACCUACUGCGCCUACCUGGUCCACCCGAUCGUCAUCCGCUCCAUGGCGCUCAACUCGGACGCGCCUCUCCACCUGGGCGGCGAUCUGAUGGUUGUCAUGUUCUUCGGUCUGACGGUGGCCUCCUACUUCCUGUCCUUCAUGGUGUCGAUGUCCUUUGAGGCGCCCGUCGUCACAAUGCUGAAGAUCUUGUCCCCUAGUCGAAAGAAACGCCUCGCCUAAGAUCGGUGACCCAGCUCCGCCCAUUUUCCGAUUAUUUAUACCCCCCACAUUGUCAUGUUAUCUAUUCCUUGUCUACCAAGCAAUGCCCAAAUAUUUAUAGCAUCGACUCAUCUGCACACACGACUCCCUUCGAUCGUCUUUCUAUAUAUUUCUUUUCACUCUCUUCACCACAUUUUCCACUCACAUGUGUUCCAGUUCGACAAAAUAUAAAAAAAAGGCGAGAAAAACGAGGAAAAACGACACGACGUGCAACAUGCAACGUGCAAAUCAAUUCAAACUAUUUUUUGUCAUCUUUUUUUGUUUCAUAAUGUGUACAUUUUAGUCCUUUAAUUUAUUCCAAAGGUUUGGAAAUUAUGCGCGUGACGAAGAGCAAAAGUUAUAAAUAGUACUUAAUAGCUAUAAUUAUAUGAAACUCUAGUACCUAAUUUUAUGAAAAUCAUGUUGUAUAUACUAUAUGCUAUAUAUUGUUAUAUAUAAACCUUUAAAUAAAAACUGCUACCAAA